AUGUUUGAUAAGAGGAUUUUUUCAUGUCUACUUCAACUCUUACCAUGCAGCGUCCAGAAUUUGUAUCAGUUGAUAAUACCUACAUUUACACGAUGUGGACAUCGAAUAUGUACCCCAUGUUUGGAUGACUUGUUUAAAAAAAAUGAAUCUGUCUCCUGCCCAGCAAAAGAAGAAGAAUGCUAUGUUCUGAAAAAAGAUGAGAUGUGUAAGGAUUUCUCUGCAAGAAGGGCUAUCACUAACUUGGAAGUUUAUUGCCCCAACAAGAAGUAUGGUUGCCAGCAUACAAUGUCAUGGAAAGAAUUUUUGAAUGAUCCAAAACAUCUCAAUUCUUGUACAUUUCAACCAUCUAAGUGUGCAAAUGAGGACUGCUCUUUUGUUGGUGAUCGACAACAGAUACAGUCUCAUCUCAGUGAAUGUCCAUUUCAGAAGAUGAUUUGUUCCAAUUGUAACAAGACUAUUUUAUUAAGAGAGGAAUCAUUUACUGAACAUUUGAAUAAAUGCACCAAUCAACAAAUGAAUUGUCACUAUUCUGCAUUUGGAUGUGACUUUACUGGAAAUGAUGUCAGUGUGAAGAAACAUUCUAAAGAAUCCCUUCAUCAUCAUAUUUCAUUAUUAGCCAUUUAUGUUCGAAAAUUAGAAGUUGCGUUCUUAAAUAUUCAAAAAGAUGUAAAGGAGAAUAGUAGAGAAAAUGCUCGUCUUGAAAGUUUAAUUAAUGAAAAUUUCUCAGGGUUGCUGGCAAAAAUGGCGAUAUUGGACAAAUAUGCCGAGACAGAGUUAGAGAACAAGAAAAAGUUUGUGAAUCUUAGUGAAAUGUUCAUUGCUCAUAAUUUUGAGUUCAGAAAAUUUAAAGACGAUGUUCAGCGACAGCUUCAUAAUGGACAAAAUAUUGGUACAAACCAAAACAUUAACACUUUGAUUGAACAAAUUUUGGAGCAGACAUCUGUGCAUGACCGAGAGAUUGGAGUUCAUGAUGUCAGGUUAGCAGAGAUGGACACUCGAUUCACUUCCAUGGAGAUACCAUUCGCUAUGGCUACAAAAUGUGUGGACGUCUUUAUCCUAAUGGAGAUGGGGAAGGGAAAGGAACUCAUAUGUCUUUUUUCUUUGCUCUAA